CCCCCCCUGGCGGUGCCCUAGCCUCGGAGCUUCAGGGAUGCUGUUGCUGCCGCCCCGGAGAUGGAGUUGAAGCACAAAAACGGCCAAGUGUUGGACGGAGUUUGAGACAAAGGACAUCACGGCGCUGCUCUUUGGAUGAAGUAUUGGCGGCAAUAAAAAAAGAGGCGGGAGGUUUUUUUAGAAAGUCGUGCUGAAAAUGAAGCUGCUGAAGCCGAGCUGGGUGAGCCACAACGGCAAACCCAUAUUUUCGGUUGACAUUCAUCCGGAUGGGACGAAAUUUGCCACCGGGGGACAAGGGGAGGAUUCUGGGAAGGUGAUGAUUUGGAACAUGGCGCCGGUACUCCGGGAGGAGGACGAGAAGAAUGAGAAUAUUCCCAAGAUGCUUUGCCAGAUGGACAAUCACCUAGGUAGCAUUCCCUGGAGGCGAUGGUCCAACAAUGGGUUGUACCUGGCAUCGGGAGGAGAUGACAAGCUGGUCAUGGUGUGGAGGAGAGCUGCAUUCAUUGGCCCGAGCACAGUGUUUGGAUCCAGCAGUAAACUGGCGAACGUGGAGCAGUGGCGUUGCGUCACCAUCCUUAGGAAUCACACUGGAGAUGUGAUGGACGUGGCUUGGUCUCCUCAUGACAUGUGGCUCGCCUCCUGCAGCGUCGACAACACUAUCGUCAUCUGGAACGCACGGAAAUUUCCAGAAAUGGUGACAUGUUUGCGUGGCCACACUGGGCUGGUCAAGGGUCUGACGUGGGACCCAGUGGGUAAAUACAUCGCCUCCCAGGCAGACGACCACAGUCUGAAGGUGUGGAGGACGGUGGACUGGCAGAUGGAGGCCAACAUCACUAAACCCUUCACUGAGUGUGGUGGGACGACCCACGUGCUGCGUCUGUCCUGGUCCCCGGAUGGUCAGUACCUGGUGUCGGCUCACGCCAUGAACAACUCCGGGCCAACCGCUCAGAUCGUGGAGAGAGACGGCUGGAAAACCAACAUGGACUUUGUGGGCCACCGUAAGGCUGUCACGGUCGUGAAAUUCAACCCAAAGAUCUUCAAAAAGAAGCAGAAGAACGGAAGUUCUCCCAAACCCAGUUGUCCGUACUGCUGCUGCGCCGUAGGCAGCAAAGACCGAUCACUCUCAGUCUGGCUGACAUCCCUGAAGCGCCCCCUGGUGGUUAUCCAUGACCUUUUUGAUAAAUCAAUCAUGGACAUUUCCUGGACUCUGACAGGUCUGGGGAUGUUGGUGUGUUCAAUGGACGGCACCGUGGCUUACCUGGACUUUUCCAUGGACGAACUGGGGGACCCUCUCAACGAGGAGGAGAAGAACAGCAUCCAUCAAAACAUCUAUGGAAAGAGUCUGGCCAUAACCAGCACCGAGGCCCAGCUCUCCACCACCAUCAUCGAGAAUCCCGAGAUGCUGAAAUACCAGCAGGAGCGGCAGAACUCGGCCCAGGCCAACGUAGGCCCAGGGGGCGCCAAACCCGAGUCCUCUACCCCCAAACUGAAUAGUGUGAUGAACGGAGAGUCUUUGGAGGAUAUCAGGAAGAACCUUCUAAAGAAACAAGUGGAAACGAGAACCGCAGACGGCAGGAGACGGAUCACGCCGCUGUGCAUCGCUCAACUUGACACGGGGGACUUCUCUCCUGCUCUCUUCAACAGCGUUCCCAUCCUGCCCUCGGGCACCUCCAUGUCCAAUCAGCUUCCCCCUCAGCUCGGCUCCGACUCCAACCAUGGACAGAAGCCUGGCCAAGAACCCAUGCUUACCUCGCCUCCGGCUGGCAGUGCAGCCAAGGGCCUGGAGGACAACAGGGACGGCGUGAAGCCCAGUCUCCUGCUCACCUCUGCUUCCAAGAUUGAGCCAAUGAAAGCGCUGGACUCCAGGUUCACAGAGAGGUCAAAGGCAACGUCCGGCGUCACGGUGGCCAUCUCCUCGACCACUGGACUCGUGCCGCUUGAGAGGCCCAAAGAGGUCGUCCUGGUGCCGAAGGACGUGAAAGCUAAAGAAGACACCAGCAGCGACAGCGAGGACAAGAUGGCCUCCAUCAACAAAAACUUGGCGUUUGCAAAGAGGAAACCGGAGCUGCUGAUGGACGGAGGAGAGGUGGUGGAGAAGAGGAAGAAGGGAAGGCCCAGGAAAGACAAGAUGGCUGCCCCCAUCACCCAAACCCUCCCACAGAUCUCUCCUCCGGUUGAACGGGAGCCGAGCAGACCCGCUCCUGCCACUCCGGCUCCUGUGGCAGUCCUCAGACUUCCGACACCAAGUACACAGAAGUCCUUCAGUCUCCAGGGGAGCAUGGAGCCGUCCGUGUUCCUAGAGGUGGAGAACGAGGUUUCAGUCGUGGCAGGUUCCAGGCUCAGUCAGCUGCGAGUCACCAGAGAUGGACGAGACUGGAACACCCUGUUGCCGAGCUCGGUGGUCACUGCUGCUGGGAGCAGUGAAAUCCUGGCGGUGGCUUGUAGCGACAGGAUGUUGUCGGUUUUCUCCUCCUGUGGGCGGCGACUGCUUCCUGCCAUUCAGCUGGGAAUGCCUGUGUCAGCGCUGCACUGCACCGCCCACUUUGUCAUGGCGCUGACGGCCGGAGCGACACUCUCUGUCUGGGACGUCCAAAAGCAAAAGGCUCUGGUGAAGAACGAGUCUCUCUCGAGCAUUUUAUCUGGUGCUGACACCACAGUGUCUCAGUCUCUGCUAACUCAGCAGGGAGUUCCUGUCAUUGGACUGUCCAAUGGGAAGUCGUACUGCUUCAGCUCCUCGUUAGAGACUUGGACUCUAAUCGCAGAUAAAGGCGACUCUUUGGUCCAGUGUGCCGACUUCAGGAGCUGCCUGACGAACAGCGACCGGUCCGUGUCCACGGGGCCUCUGGCCGUGAUGCAGGGACGUAACCUCAAUGCCGGUCGACUGGCGUCACGCCUCUCCUCCACGCCUCACCACCUGCAGCAGAGCAUGACGCUUGCCUUCCUGGAGAAUCAGCUGGCGUCGUCUCUGACUCUGCAGUCGGCGCAGGAGUAUCGCUACUGGCUGCUCAUCUACGCCCGCUUCCUGGUCAAUGAAGGCUCAGAGUUCCGGCUCAGAGAACUCUGUAAGGAGCUGCUCGGUCCCGUCCACAAGUCCACGUCCACGUCCUGGGAGCCCACUACCCUCGGUCUCCGUAAGCGGGAUUUGCUGCAGGAGGUGUUACCCGUUAUUGGCGAGAACCUGCGAUUCCAGCGACUGUUCACGGAGUAUCAGGACCAGCUGGAGCUGCUGCGCAACAAAUAACACGCGCACACACACCGGCUGACCUCUGGCAUCCUGACUCCUCACUGCACCAGCGUGGUUUGUUCCGCUACGGCUCGGCAUCGGCUAAACUCUCUCACCCGCCAUAGAAGCUUUGACAGUGGUGGACAGUGGACAGUGAGUUCACAUGCAGUCGUCCAGUUUCAGGCACUGGGACGUUUGGCUGCUGACGUACACGGGGGACAGAUGGGUGCUUUAUCGUUUCUUUUUUACUUAAUUUCGGCCGCCUACGCUGCAUCUUUUUGGGGGGUUUUUUCUCAGCCUAGCCUAUGCACAGCUCUUCCUCUCACCGCCAGUCGUGAUGUCAUCGGUUUCGUAUAAUGAGAGACCCGAGACGAAGACGGGCCAGUGUAAAACCAAGAGAAAGUCUAAAGAGCAAUACGUAUGUACCAAAGUGAUGCCUUCUAGUGUGAAAGAAAAGAGACAAUAUACAUACAUAGUAGGUGACAUGGUCUUUUUUUUUUCUUUCCUCUCCUCUCCCCUAUGGUUGGACGCAGAAAAGUGUUCCUUAUAUAGAGGAAAAUGAUCAUUUACGAGGGUCAUAUAUCCAUAGCAUCAUCAAACAUCAUCUGACCAGGCUCCGCCCACUUUGGUCUCUCAGUGUACACCUGGGUAUUUGAUACAAUUUUAUCAAACGGCAAAAAAAAAAAAAAAAAAAAAAAA